AUGAAUGGGAAAAUGAAGACCGUGGAAACCAAGCUCUCACACGUGGGAUGCUCUAACUCUACACGGGAUGACGUGGAGGCGACGGGAGAGAACCAACCAACCCCAAUGGACGAAGAUAGAGAUGCAAGGUAUUCUUUCCAAGGCACUCACACUCAAGAAAUGGUGGUUCAUGAUCCUCCGCGAGCUUCUUCUUAUAAGCGUCGCCAAAGGAGGAAGAGGAGAGCGCCUCGUUCACCAACACUAAUUCUGGCUUCAAGCAACUCCUCUUACUCACUCUCCACAUCUUGGGACUGGGUCUACGGAGAAGUGAGGCUUCACGUGGGUUUUGAAGAGUUUAGCAAUUCCAAGUGUGAUAGUCAAAAUCGAUUUUGGGCUGGUUUUCUUCUUCUUCUUCUUCUUCUUCCCAAAAUCGAUCCAUUCUUCUUCACGAUUCUUUCUCACUUCACAACACAAAUCCAUCGAUUUCUCUUCCAAUUCUACACCAAAUCCUUUGAAAUUUCUUGCUUUCUUUCAAUCCGAAUUUCUAAGCCCAAAUGUUUAAUUCCUGCCUCAAAUCCCGAUUUCAUCUCUUUCUCCAUCAAUUUCAAGGUCGUCGACAAACAUCGCCGUUUGUGCGAUGAACGGCAGCGGCUGGGCCUUAAAAGGCAAGUACUCGAAGCUCGUAUCACUCGAGUGGAAGGGAAAGUGAGGGCUUUGGAAAGCGAUCCUUUCCAAUGGGAGUGGAGGAACUUUGAUUCCAUCGCAGAGAUCCCGAAGAUGCUCCGGAUGUACUUCCGAGCUAAAGGUCAAGUCCCGGGGCCCGUGAAUGCCCCGGUCGAAAUCGCUUCAUCUAGCAGCGAAGAGGAGGAUGAAGAGGAGGACAACACUUGCCGGAAACGCGUCCGGAACGAACCCGAGGUGGAUGACAAGAAAAAGGCGUCCACUUCGGAUACCAAACCGGCGAUGAAGGAGUCUGUUCCUGAGCCUCUUCCAUAAAUGUUCCCUAAU